AGAACAUGAAACUGGUUUCCCGGAAUCAAGAGCGCGGGCGAGCGCGAAGACUCUCCUUCCCUUUCUCAAUCUCUCCCACAAGGAUUUAUUUUUCUCACAAUUUAUCUGCAAUGCUAUCUUGCUUUCUUUAUUUGAAUAGAAUUCGCGAUCAAGUCAUCUCUUCGAUCCAGAAUUGAAGGUGCUUCAUCUGGUUAUCUUGCUUGCAAUGUGGCCUAUGCAUUUGAAGAACGUUGACAGGGGAAAGCAAUAUUUAAGUUGGGACUAGUAUACAAUAGCCCCUUACUGCAUUGGUGUAUAAGGCUGCUCUCAGAAGUAAGUUAUCCUGUGCUGAAUUUUACGGUGGUUUCUGGGAUCAAUGACAACUCAUGUAUGGAGUUAGCGGCCAGUCAUACGGACAAAAUUUGCCCUGAUAACAAGAAAGAACCAUUUCUCAAGUAUGUGAAAAGUUUAGCUGGUAUCAGGUUUCAAGGACCUGUAUCAUGUAAUUUAAAGAAUUCUCUUUUGUUAAGCAUGAACCUUUAUUGACUGGAAAAAGAUGGGAGGUGAUACCUCAACAUAUACAGUGGAUGAUGCACUUUUGGUGCUUGGUUUUGGAAAGUUCCAAGUACUUAUGCUUGCUUAUGCUGGAAUGGGAUGGAUAUCAGAAGCAAUGGAAGUGAUGCUUCUUUCUUUCGUUGGUCCAGCUGUUCAGUUAGAAUGGGGCCUGUCUUCCCACCAAGAAAGCAUGAUUACUAGUGUUGUUUUUGCUGGAAUGCUGGUUGGAUCAUAUUCUUGGGGGAUAGUUUCUGACAACUAUGGAAGAAGGAAUGGGUUUCUAGCAACAGCUUUUGUCACUGGUGGAGUCGGGUGUCUGAGUGCUUUUGCCCCAACUUAUAUUUCAUUGGUUGCCUUCCGCUGUAUAGUUGGAAUUGGCUUGGGUGGUGGUCCUGUUCUUAAUUCUUGGUUCUUGGAAUUUGUUCCUUCUCGGAGUAGAGGAACUUGGAUGGUCAUCUUUUCUGGAUUUUGGACACUUGGUGCAAUUUUGGAGGCUUCUUUAGCAUGGCUUAUUAUGCCAACACUUGGGUGGAGGUGGCUGCUUGCACUUUCUUCUAUCCCCUCGAUUAUCCUGCUUUUGUUCUACAGAAUGGUGCCAGAGUCACCCAGAUAUCUCUGUAUGAGAGGAAGGACAGCUGAUGCCCUUCAUAUUUUGGAGAAUAUUGCAGUUAUAAACAAGAAGCAACUCCCAUCUGGCAUUCUUGUUUCUGAUCAUAUUAUUGAGAAUGAAUUACAAACUUGUCAGACAGAAGGCUUACACUUGCUGUCAGUGAGAAAAUUAGAAGGCAAAGUUAUUGAAGAAGCAGAAAACCAAGUAGGGGCUAUGACAACAUUAUCUCUGCUUCUUUCACGAAAAUUAAUCAGAACAACUCUUUUGAUAUGGAUGGUUUUCUUCGCACAUGCAUUUUCAUACUAUGGCCUUGUACUGCUUACCACUGAGUUGAGCAGCACUAGCAGGAACUGUGUACCAAAUGACUUCCACAAAAUUGAUUCAAAAAACAAGAAUCUUUACAGAGAUGUUCUUGUCACAAGCUUCGCAGAGUUUCCUGGGCUUCUAUUAUCAAUGGCAGUGGUAGAUAGGAUUGGGCGGAAGCUCUCAAUGUCAGCUAUGCUUUUUAUGUGUUGUAUCCUACUUAUUCCACUGGUAUUCCACCAAUCUGAGCUUGUAACCACUUGCCUGCUGUUUGGAGCUCGCUUAUUUAUUUCAGGAAGCUUCACUAUCCUCUAUAUUUAUGUGCCAGAGGUGUACCCAACAACGGUCAGGACCACCGGCUUUGGAACUGCUAGCUCUGUGGGAAGAAUUGGUGGGAUGCUAUGCCCCCUUGUGGCAGUUUCUCUCUUGCAUGCCUGCCACCAAAUCUUAUCAAUUUUUUUGUUUGAGAUAGUAAUAUUUUCGUCGGGUGUAGCUGUUUUACUUCUACAACAGGAGACAAAAGGGUGUGCAUUAAACGACACCAUAUAGUUGUUAAUUUAAAAAUAUAUGUACAGUAUUUUCUACAUAGUAUCUUUUCAUGUACGUUCUCA